GAUAGGAGAGUUUAGAGUUUAGAUUCAUAACUCGCAGGAGAAUUAUUCUCAUAAAAAAAUCUGACAGCACUAGUUAAGUACAAAAACCUGGAUGAAAAAAACUCUAUUUGGAAAAAAGUGCUUCAAGGAUAAACUAUUCCACACGUCUGCUCGUUGAGUAACGUUACAUGUUGGAAGGUUUUCCAUCUCCUAAAACUUUUAAAGGUUUAUUUAUUAACCAGUAACCGAAGAUGUAGGUGCAUCUCUCGAGAUAAAUAACUGAUCCGACAAGAAUCUUAAUGUGGUGGAUUCCUUUUCCAUCUUUCUCACUGGAAGGUGCUCAUAGACGCCAUCUGCUGUUGAAAAACAGAGCGUGAGGAAAAUGGAUGACGAGUUUGAACCUGGAAUGAAUGAUGUUAUAGUUAGUUAUUAUAACCACUCGGGCAAGUGGGGAAGACCAAAAAGCACCGGUACAUGCAAGACAGCCUUCCUCAUUUUUAUCUGCGCUCUGAUCGUGUUGGAGAACAUCACUGUACUACUGGCACUAUGGCGCAACAAGCGUUUCCACAGCCGCAUGUACUUUCUCAUUGGCAAUCUGGCACUUUCGGACUUGUUAGCUGGAGUGGCGUACAUGGUUAACAUCUUCACCUCUGGCCGCAAUACGUUUUUCCUCAGUCCUGGCCAGUGGCUGCUGCGAGAGGGGAGCAUGUUUGUGGCACUUAGCGCUUCCACCUUCAGCUUGCUCGCUAUUGGGAUCGAGCGCCACAUGACAAUGGUUCGUUUACGGCCGUGUGAGACUGCAGGAAGGGGGAGGUUGCUAGCUCUCCUGGGAGCCUGCUGGGCUGUUUCGGUCCUGCUGAGUAUCUUGCCCAGUCUCGGCUGGAACUGUUUGGGCCGAGUCCACACCUGCUCCACUGUCCUACCACUGUACGACAAGAGUUACAUAGCCUUCUGCAUUAGCAUCUUCACAGCCCUACUAGCAGCAAUCGUAGUGCUAUACGUGCGCAUCUACCUGCUUGUGACGUCCAGCGGCCGUAGAGUGAGUUCCCGGCCGUCGGAUCACUCACUCGCACUUUUGCGCACGGUAGUAAUAGUACUAGGGAUUUUUGUGGCCUGUUGGGCUCCCCUUUUUGUGCUGCUGCUGCUGGAUGUGGGAUGCAGUCCGGAGCGGUGCCCGGUUCUCUACAAAGUGGACUGGUUCAUCGCUCUGGCCGUGCUCAACUCUGCCCUCAACCCGCUCAUCUACACGCUUUCCAGCCGUGAGAUGCGGGCCGCCUUCUUCCGUGUGCUGUGCUGCUGUUGCUGUCCAAUCCAGCUGGACUCCAUGCCCACGGUGACAGGGGCGGCACUUCCGAGAAUAAUCAUUCCCACUGCAGAGAACAGCAAAUCGAGUAUGGCCAGGGUGGGAAGUGGUGGAGCAAAGUUCUCCCUGAUGCGAAGUAAAGUUCCCACCCCGUCAAACUCCCACCAUCAGCAUGGGGACACGUCGCCACCAGCUGUCACACACGCCUCAGGGCCAGGUGACCUACUGUCUGUGGUGCUGGUUAAAGCUGGGGCGCUUCCUUCUUUGGGGAAGUUUUGAAAUUGAUACUACGGAGGUCAGCACAAAAGAGCGGGAUCUUGUUAUUUCCCCAAGA